UUCUGAAACUCUUUUGUGACCAGUCACACACAUCCAAAAAAGUAGAGAAAUACAGGUCGAUACUCUUCGUGCCGAAAGGAGGAAGAAAGGCCGAAAACAUGGAUAUCUGGAUAACCGGAAUCUGACAUUUAUUACUUUUAAUAUUUAUUUUUGAUCUGGAUUAUGUUGAUGGAUUUCCAACAAAGAUCUUUGAUGUGUUGGAGGACUGAGGUCUGCAGACUUUCACAGCUACAGUGGAGACUUACAGUUGGAAAAACUGAACAAUGAUAAGAAAAGUCAAGAAAAUAUCUUUAAAAUUCCCUCACAGAAAAGCAGCUCUCUUCCUAAUAUCAUCCCAGAUGUUUUCAUCACUACAUUGGGCCCUUUGAGAAGAGGAGCGCAGACCAGAGUCCCUGUUCUUGUUCUGGGACGAAAGAUGUCUGACCUCAGCCAAGUUGCUGUGUACUCAGACGUUUCAGAUAUUUAUAAGAAUGUAUUCUGCAACCCCGCCUUCGAGCUGGAGGGGGAGCGAGAGGAGAGGGUGGAGGGAUUCAGGACAACCUCUUCCACACCUGAACCAAUCAAACCACCUGCAACUAGCCUAGGUGGGGGUCUGUUUGGGGUGUGUGUGAUGCGUCUACGGGGCCCGGGUGGUGGCUGGGGGCUUGUGGUGGUCUCUGCUGCUGCCCUGCUCCUGUUAACGGCCCUCGGACUGGCGCUGGCCCUCAUUCUGACACAGAUAAAAGGUCAGGCAGUGGAGGAUCAGCUGCUGUCCACUGGCACUCCAGACCUGCAGAGUGCAGGUAAUGGAGCAUCCCAGACUUUACCUACAGUCGCUGCCAACAGAAGUCAAGGAGACAGUACAUCUGCACCACGGCCUGCCAGGAUCCCUCCGUCUGAAACAAGUUGUGGAGGCGUUCUGAGCGACUCUGAAGGCAGCUUCAGUUCUCCAAACCACCCGGGUUCCUACCCCUCUAACUCAUUGUGUGUGUGGGUGAUCCGGGUCCCACCUCCCUCCAUGGUCCAGAUCCAUGUGUCCUCUUUGAACGUUGAGGGACCAUCUCCUUGUCUGUUCGACUGGCUGGAAGUGCAGGAGCAGAUCGAGCGAAAUUCUGUGGUCACCAGGUUCUGUGGUAACGUAGCACCACCAACAGUCAACACAAACAGCAGCACAGUGUGGGUCACCUUCCACUCCGAUGGAAGCAUCGCAGGCAACGGCUUCACUGCACAGUACAAGGCCGUUCUGCCUGGACACAGGAGCUGCUCCAGGGAAGAGUUCAUGUGUGACAGUGGUCGCUGUCUGUUGCCUGUGUCAGUGUGUGACGGUCAUCCAAACUGCCACGACCAAACAGAUGAGGCCAACUGCAGCCACAAACACAAGGAAUGUGGUGGGCAGAAGGUCGGGCCGAACGGUUACCUGGAAAGUCCAAACCACCCUAGACCUUAUCCUCACCAGCAGUUGUGCAUAUGGUAUAUAUCCGUUGAUGAAGGUCACGUCGUCACACUGAGCUUCAGAAACUUCAGUCUGGAGACUCAGGAUGUGUGUGAGUUUGACUAUGUGGAGGUGCACGACAGCGUCAGCACUGGAGCCGGAAGAGUCCUGGGCCGGUUUUGUGGUACCACCUUCCCACCAGACCUGACCUCCUCUGGCCCCCACAUGACUGUGGUGUUUGUGGCUGAUGAGGGAGUGGCCGACAGCGGCUUCAACGCCACAUACCAGGCUGUGUCUGUACUGGGCAGAACGUGUGGUCCCAGCCAGUUUGCCUGCAGUACUGGAGAGUGUCUACAGCAACAGUGGUUAUGUGAUGGAUGGAACGACUGCCCCGACGGAGCAGACGAACAGGGAUGUGGCAACUCUACCUACCCUCCUUUCACUUCAUCAUGCGAGUUCAUAGAGGUAGAGAUGUGUCAGGGCCUCAGCUACAACCUCACUUCAUUCCCCAACAUCUGGCUCUCCAUCGCCGACCAGAGAGAAGCUGCCACACUCCUGCGACAGUAUCGGGUUCUGAUGGAGCUGGCGUGCUUUGAGCCCCUGCAGAGGCUGGUGUGUGGGAUGUUUCUCCCCCAGUGCAGCCCUCAGGGAGGCGUCCUCCAGCCCUGCCGCUCAGUCUGCUCCUCAGCUGAACAGCAAUGCAGCCAAGCCCUGGACCUGUUCUCCUUCAGCUGGCCCUUCAACUGUCACCUUCUACCUGACUCACAGGACCCCAUGGAGUGUUCACUGCCUUGAAGCAUCGAGCAACAAUGAGUUAAAGUUAACACUGCAAUAGUGCAAUACAUGAUCUUAUCUGGUCUGGUCCUAAACUUUAUUUUGCAACAAGGACAUACCAGAUGUCAGCUUGGACUUUCGAGCACUGCGUUGCAUUUUCCAAACCUGGAGACCAGAUUAAAGCCAGCAUCUGUGCAGCAUCCAACAAGAACAGUGUGCAACGACUGUGCUCAAUGUUGUGGACCUGAAGCGACGUCUAAGACACAGUUUUAAAGUAGAUGUUAAGGAGAUGAAAAGCUUUUGAAUCGUCAUGUAAAUCAGCCUCCAAC